CCGGGCUGAGGGCUGAGCUCGGUUGCGAAGCGUCCAUAACGCAGAUUUCUCUGCUUCUCUGCUCAUUUCUCACAGUUCAUGGCGGGGACCGAGGAGAAGCAAGAAGAGCUGCCCGUUCCUUCUUCUGACCGCCAGCACGACUUUUCCCAGGGGCACUUCGAGGGGUCCGACCUGCAGCACCACCCUCUUCACCAAGAGGACGAAGAGGAGGAGAAAGAGGAUGAACUCAAGGAUUUGCAUCCCACAGAGGAGUGUUUGGAAGGAAUGUUGGAUGAAGACACUGUGGCUGAGGGUCUCCACAAGCUGGGGCGCUCAGCGCCUGGUACUGAAUACGUUUAUCUUAAUCUGUCACUUUCAGGUCGUGAGUUGAGCAACAUUAACAUUCUCUCCAGAUACGUCCACCUACAGAAGUUGGAACUUUCAUAUAAUAAAAUUAAUGAUCUUUCUUGUGUCAGUCAGAUGCCUUAUUUACUAGAACUGAAUGCUUCCAACAACGAAUUGACUACAUAUUUUGGUUUUAAGCCACCGAAAAAUCUCAAGGAAGUAGAUUUUUCGCACAAUCAAAUACCUAAAAUGCAAGAUUUGUCAGCAUACCAGUCAUUAACUAAACUCUUGCUGGACUUUAAUAACAUAGAGGAGAUAAGAGGACUGGAGAGGUGUCGUAGUCUGACUCACCUUAGUUUGUCACACAACAGACUCACUGCAAUCAGUGGCCUUGAGAACUUACCUAUCAGAAUACUCAAUCUGAGCUCUAACCUGCUUGAGAAGAUAACCGGCUUGGAUAGAUUGAAAACUCUAUGGAAGCUGGACCUUUCUAGCAAUAAAAUAGCUACUCUAGAAGGCUUGGAGGGACAUGAUUUACUAGAGGUGAUCAAUCUAGAGGAUAACAAGAUUGCUGAGCUGAGUGAACUUGAAAGUAUUCAAGAUCUGCCUCUCCUCAGGGCUUUAAAUCUUUUGAAAAAUCCUGUGCAGGAACAAACAGAUUAUUGGCUCUUGGUGAUUUUCAUGUUGCAACAACUAACGGAACUGGAUCUCAAGAAUAUUUCAGUGGAAGAAAAGGUUGAUGCUGUGAAUCAAUAUGAUCCUCCUCCAGAAGUUGUUGCUGCUAAAGAUCAUAUGACUCAGCUUAUGUAUAGCAUGCUGCAGCCCCAGAGAAUCUUUGACAGCACUCUCCCUAGUCUCGAUGCUCCCUACCCCAUGCUGGUAUUGGUUGGCCCUCUCGCCUGUGGGAAGAGAGAGCUUGCUCAUAGGAUCUGCAGACAGUUCAAUAAUUUCUUCAGAUAUGGUCCCUGUCACACCACCAGGGCAGCUUACUUUGGUGAAGAAAACAGACUUGAUUAUCAUUUUGUUUCUCAAGAAGCAUUUGACAAAAUGUUGAAAGCGGGGAAGUUUAUAGCAACCUAUAAAUACAGUGGCUAUUACUAUGGACUUGGAAGAGACACUGUGGAUUCAAUUGCCAGAGAGGGUCUUGCGACAUGUAUUCAUUUAGAACUGGAGGGUGUGCGGAGCUUGAAAACUACCUACUUUAAACCCAGAUAUAUCCUGGUGGUACCAAUGAACAAAGUAAAAUAUGAGGGACAUCUGCGAAGGACAGGAUUAUUCAGCAGGCCAGAGAUAGAAGAGGCAGUAUCCAGAGUGGGCAUGUACAUCAGAACAAGUGAGGACAUCCCAGGAUACUUUGAUGCGGUAAUCAGCACAGAUGAAUUGGAUGAGGCAUUUGCAGAGCUGAGCUUCCUGAUAAAGGCAUACCUGGGUCUGGAGCCACCUGCAGUUUCUGAUAGCAGUCAAAACAUGAAUAGCAGAGCAGGAACAGGUUCAAGGGUACGUUUCUUGCAAGAGCAAAGAUUGUCACCCAGCAGAGGAGUGACUGGCAGUACUCAGUCUUCAUCUAUCAAUGAAUUCUUGGACUCUUCUGCCAAAAAUUAUUCAGGAGAGACUUCAGACAAACUUAGUGCACAACUGAGCGCUGUGGAAGAAGCUUCUCUCCGAAGACGUCAUGCUGCAGCACGUCAGGCUCUGUCAGGAAAGGCUCCUAGUGCAUAUGUCCAGCUGUUUCAAAGGGACCUUGGAAUCACUCCUGCACCAGGCAGCUCCCAGCAACAAUUAUUGGAGCCAACAACACAUAGUUCUCUGGUCUCAGAUGGAAAGAGUGUCACCCAAGCCCACAGCUUCCCCCUGAUUAACACAGAAAGCAGCUGCAGAGGAUUUGGUCCUGCUAGCAGACUAUUUCUAAACUCAACUGGUGCACCUGCUGCUGAAGCUUUGCCCGUUCGGAGCCCUCUUCCCCCUGCUCAUCUUCCUGAAGCUGCCAAAGCUCAGCAUCAAGGUCCAAGGGGAGCUGAAAAUGGAGUGGACAGUUUGAAAGAGACUGAACUUCAUAGUGACAAUCUUCAGAGAAAAUACAGCAAAGCCAAGACUGGUUCUUCCCACGUGCCUCAGCUCACCAAUUCCAAACCUGUCCUGCCUCCAAUCCCAUCUGGGCGAAAGGGCACCAAUCCUUGAUGGCCACGGCUACGAAUCUUG